AUGACAGGGUCAGAUGAAGAAUUUGAAAUUGGUGAUAUACUUGAAAUAAAAAAAAAGAAAAAUGGUUUUAUUUAUUUAGUAAAAUGGAAAGGAUAUUCAGAUGAUGAGAAUACUUGGGAACCCGAAAGUAAUUUAAUACAUUUGACAACAUUUAAGAAGAAGAUGGAAAGUUUAAAAACAAAUUAUUUAUCUAAAGCUAAUGAGACAAAUGGUGAUGGGAAAAUUGUGAAAAAUAAUAUAUUACCACCAACACAAGAAGAAGAUAGUAUUAAAUCAAAAGGUAGAAAUUCCUUAGCACCUAGACGAAAAAUGAGUAGAAAAAGUUUGACUAACAAACUAGAAAAUAAAAAGAACUUAUCUUUAUCAGACAAUUCUUUAAAAAAAAGUGAUGAAGAAGAUAAUGAAUCUGUAAAACAUGAGAAUCACGUUAAUGAUGGAAAUUUAUUAAAUGUUGAAGAUGUUUAUAGUGUUCGUAUUAAAAAUAAAAAAUUGGAGUUUUUGGCUAGCUUGAAAAAUGAAUCUCCACAAUGGGUUGAAGAAACAAAUAUUAGAAGAACUGGACAUUUAAAUAUUAAAGUUAAUGAUUUUAAAAGAUAUGUAAGAAGAAAAAAAAGUUCUAGAGGUAAUAGAAUAGUUAUCAAAAAUCUACACAACGUUGGUGAUGAAUUAUAUAUUUCGGUUAUUCAUAAUAUAAAUAAUAAAGAAAUUCAUAGUUUAUAUCCUUCUAAAGUUAUUGAAUAUAUUUAUCCACAGGAACUCUUAAAUUUUUUAUUAUCAAGACUAAGAUACCGUACAGCUUAA